UUUCAUUAGCAUUGAAGCUAAGCUCCGUUACUAACAGCGGAGACUUCUGAGACACUUUUCCCGUCCUGGGUCACUCCUCAGCGGGCUUUAGAGGACCGGUAACCGCCGUGUUGGUGGUUGUAUCCGUUGUUACGAAGUGGUUCUUUGUGAUCAUGGCGGAGGUAUCGGACCCGGAGAAGAGGAGAGGAGCUGCGGGGAGGAAGAGCCAGCAGAGCCGCAGGAAGAGGACCAACAACCGGGUGACUCUGGAGAAAGUUUUGGGCAUAAGCACAUCCAGCAGCAGCGGUUUGACCUCUGACCCCAAAUCUGGGCUCAUCGCCUACCCUGCAGGGUGUGUCAUCGUGCUGCUUCACCCCAAGACAAACAAACAGAGUCACAUCGUCAACACGUCCAGAAAGCCCUUCAGUGCUCUGGCCUUCUCCCACGAUGGGAAGCACCUGGUCACCGGGGAGAGUGGUCACAUGCCCUGUGUGCGGGUGUGGGAGUUGGAGGGGGGGCAGGUGGCGGAGGUUCAGUCUCAUAAAUACGGAGUCUCCUGCGUGGCGUUCUCCACCAACAGCUGCUACGUCGUCUCCGUGGGAUACCAGCACGACAAGACCGUCAGCGUGUGGGACUGGAGGAAAGGUUCGAUCAUCGCCUCCAACAACGUGUCCAGCCGAGUGUCCGCCGUCUCUUUCUCGCAGGACAACAGCUACUUCGUCACCGCAGGAAACAGACACGUCAAGUUCUGGUACCUCGACGCCUCCAAAGAACGACGGGUGAACAGCACGGUGCCUCUGAUUGGUCGGUCGGGGUUGCUAGGUGACCAUAAGAACAGCGUGUUCAGUGGGGUGGCGUGUGGGCGUGGCCCCGCGGCGUCCAGCACUUAUUGCAUCACCAGCUCCGGCCUGCUGUGUCUGUUCAACAGCAGCCGGCAGCUGGAGGCGUGGGUCGACCUCAAGACGUCGUCGGCGAGCUGUCUGGCCGUCAGCGAGGACUUUAUCUUCUGUGGAUGUGCUGACGGUGCCAUCAGAGCGUUCAGUCCCUCUAACCUGCAGUACGUCACCACUCUGCACCGCCCACACCGCCUCGGGGUCGACCUCACACAGAGCCUUCAGCACAGUCCAGGGGCUCAGUACCCCGACACGUUGGCCCUGACCUUUGACCCGGCCUCCAGACACCUGACCUGCGUGUACAACGACCACAGUGUGUAUGUGUGGGACGUUAAAGACGUGAGGAAUGUGGGGAAGCUGUACUCCGCUCUGUACCACAGCAGCUGUGUGUGGAGCAUCGAAGUGUACCCGGAGCUGUUGGAUGCGUCUCAGGCCUGCCUGCCUCCCUCCUCCUUCCUCACCUGUUCGUCUGAUAACACCGUCAGACUGUGGAACACCGACCCCCCCAUCGCACACCGAAACCUCUACAGCAACGACCUGCUGCGGAUCGUGUACGUCGGGGAGAACAUGCAGCACCUGCAGGCCGAGGGGGGGGAAGCAGGGGCUGAUGGGAAGGCAGGAAUCAGAGUCCUGGGAGUCAGUCCUGAUGGGAAGCACCUGGCAGCUGGAGACCGCUGCGGAAACCUGCGGAUCUUUGGUCUGGAGUUCCUGGACGAGCUGGUGAAGAUCGAGGCUCAUGACUCUGAGGUUUUGUGUCUGGAGUUUUCCCCGAUCUCCACAGGUGUGAAGCUGUUGGCGUCGGCCAGCAGAGACAGACUGAUCCACGUCUUCAACCUGGAGAAGAACUACAGCCUGGAGCAGACGCUGAGCGACCACUCGGCCUCCAUCACUGCCAUCAAGUUCACAGGUGAGAGUCCGGAGGUCCGAAUGGUGAGCUGUGGAGCCGACAAAAGCAUCUACUUCCAGACCGCCGAGCAGACGGCCGAGGGUCCGUUGUUCUCCAGGAGUCACCACGUGGUGGAGAAAACCACGCUGUACGACAUGGACCUGGAUUCAACCCGGACUCACGUCGCCAUCGCCUGCCAGGACCGAAACAUCAGGGUGUAUAACGUGGAGACGGGGAAGCUGAAGAAGUGUUUGAAAGGCUCGUCCAGCGAUGAAGGAGCUCUGCUGAAGGUUCAGAUGGAUCCUUCCGGGUCCUUCUUCGCCACCAGCUGCUCAGAUAAAAACAUCUCCAUCUUCGACUACGAGACCGGAGAGUGCGUCUCCACCUUGUUCGGACACUCAGAGAUCGUCACCUGUAUGAGGUUCAGUGAGGACUGCAAACACCUCAUCACUGUGUCCGGAGACAGUUGUGUGUUUAUCUGGAGGCUUGACUCUCAGAUGACCAGCAUCAUGAAGAAGAGGCGAGGCCUAAAGAUGGCCGCCGCUCCCGAAGCCUGCAGCCGCAAGCUACCUAGCAUCAGGAGGGAGACCUUCAUCACGGGACCCUCCUCUCAGCUGCCUCACAUGGAGGAAGAGGAGGAAGAGGAGGAAGUGGAAGACCUUGGGACUCCUGACUCCAGACCCGACUCUGCUCACGAAGCUCAGCUGCUUCAGACCAACGGGAAACUCCCGCUGUGGUUCAGGAAACUGCAUGGUCAGGGCGGGGCCUCUGCUGCCGUCCAAUCAGUCGCCGAGCCUCAUCAGGUGAGGAGUCGGUGGGCGGAGCAACGAGACCCUCUGAACAUCGUCUCCAACUUCUCCCCGAGUCCCACCCAGAGUCCUGGGGAGGAAGAGGAGGAGCAGAGGGAGGAAGAGGAGGAGCAGAGGGAGGAAGAGGAGGGACACUUCCACCCUCAGAGUCUGGAGAGUCUGCUGGUAGAGGAGGAGGAAGAGGAGGAGGAAGAUGGAGAGGAGGUGCUGCAGAAUCCAGGUGAGAAGAGGAGCAGCUACAUCCUGUACCCCGACACCAACACCACCACCGACAGAGAGUUCGAUGUGCAGGGUGUGACCGACCCUCGGCUGGAGGGAGAGGGGGCGGAGCCUGUGUGGAGCAGAAAGGGGGCGGGGCCUAUAUGGAGCAGCCAGCUGAGUCCAGACUCCGCCCUCUCCGAAGGCUCAGCAGGAAGUCUGGAGCAGCAGCAGGACGCCGACACGGACUCACUGAGUCAGGGCAGCUCGGUGGGCAGUCUGGUUUUGGAGGAGGACGAGGACUCGCUGAAGAUCCACUUCGACACUCUGGCCUCUGGUCUGACCGACGAGAAGUUCGACACCGACCUGAGGGCUCUGCUGCCUCCGGAUGAGAAACAUUACCUGAACCCCCGCCUCAGCAUCUCAACCGCCUUCCUGUCGCGCUUCCAGGACAGGAUCAGGUUUUGUCCGAGCCGAGCGCCACCUCCCGCUAUGAUCCCCACCAGAAUCUCAGAGGAGAGCUACGUCAGCAACUCAUCGGUGAACUCGGAGGCGAGCAGCGAGGUCAGCUGCACUGAAUCCACCCAGAAAGAAACCAGCUUCAGCGGUGCCGUGCUUCGCCGUAGAGCUUCCAGCAUGAUUUCCCAUCAGUCUCUUCGCCGCCUCAAACGCAGACGACACACUGUGGUUCACGUCCAGUGCAGAGACAUGCUGCAAGACGUCACCUCCAGGACUCUCAACCUCAGCCUGGGCUCGGCUGCCCAGCAGGGGGCGCUGCGGCUCGGAUACUUAGGGACCACGGCCAGCUCCAGGGCCAAAAAGGGCCAAGACCCCGCCUCUGAGGAGAAGGAGAACCUGGACCUCCAAAGCAGGGACCAGGACCAAGACCAGACCUGCAGUGUGUCGUCACUCAAUUCUUCCCCCCCAUCGAGCAGCCCGCAGGAGGUUGCCACGCCCCCCGCUGUGAUGUCACUGGACGGAGCCACGCCCCCUGCUGUGAUGUCACUGGAUGGAGCCACGCCCCCCGCUGUGAUGUCACUGGGCGGAGUCAGGAGGUGGAGCCUCUGCAGCGAGGAGGAGACCCUGACCAAUCAAAACCUAACCAUCAUCAUAAGCCCCUCCCCCACACGUGACACCAUCGCCUCUGACAUCAUCGAGCAGGAGGCGGGACAUCCAGGUGAGGUGUUCAGGGACACCUCCCCCGCCUCUUCCUCUUCUCCUCUGACGGAAACACAGCACCCCCCCCCAGUUGCCAUGGUGAGUCUGCUUCAGUGUCAGAGCGUUGCCAUGGAGCUGCGGGAGGCGACGAGACGAGCCGUGCUGCUGCACCAGCAGCUCUCUGAUGGCACGCAGCCUCCGCAGCUCGUCUCCGUCCUGAAGGGUGCGUUUGAUUUCGUUCUCUCGGAGCUGCAGGCGGUGCGAGGAGAAGACGAGGCGUCUCUUUCUCUGCUGGAGAAAUACUCAGAGCUGCUGGUCCAGAUGACCCGAGAGAAACUGGACCGGGUCUGAGACGAGAGAAACUGGACCGGGUCUGAGACAAGAGAAACUGGACCGGGUCUGAAACCAGAGAAACUGGACCGGGUCUGAAACCAGAGAAACUGAGACGAGAGAAACUGAGACGAGACUGAACCCAGAAAUCAGUAUUAAACCUGACGCACCUUACGUUUAUGUGUUUUAUGCCAGAAUUGUGUUUUUAAAUCACCAUCACUGUGUUUGUUAAUAAAGUUGUAUAUGUUUCUUAUUAAAAAAAAAAGUGUCUAAUUGAA